UGGGGAAAAAAACAGCUGACAGCUGACUAUUCACUUUGGUCUAUCUUGUUUGCAUCUACUUGGCAAUUAUGAAAUUAAUCUAAAAAUCAUAUGCUAAAAACAUCACUAAAUAAUCAAGUCUAGUUUUUUGUUCUUAUAAUAUCAAACCAACACAAAAUAGUUCUUCAAAAUCUCAUUAUUGCUGAUUCACAAGGAGAUAAGUGUUCAUGUGGUGACAGUGUUGACCCAAUAAAAGCCACCAAAAAACCAUCAACACAGUGGGCAUUGAGGCAAUUAAAGAGGCUGUGGGGUCCCCAUCUGCUCAUCAGAACACCUUACAACCUCCACCGAAACCACAGGCGCUCUGCAAGAGGUCGCGCAGCGCUGCAGGAGAUGCACAUGGCGGAGAUUAAAGAAGAGGAGAAAGGAGAGGAAGUCAGCUUGAAGAUAGCAAACCACAGAGACAGUCAAGAAGUUAUGAAGGCGGCGUCAAGGUGCACAGACUGAAAGACGCCUCGGAAACGACAGCAAGGUCUGUGAGAACGAUGAAGAUUUUGGCUCAGUUCGAGAUGUCUGCCGCAGCUGGAUGAGAAGGGGAAGCCCUGGCCUGAGACGCCUCGCUGAGUCGGACCUGCAGAAAUUGCAGAAGUGAGACCACUCACCGCCUGAUUCUCACCUCAAAAACUAUAUUCCUGUCUACUUUCGAGGGGAAGAAGUACUGUACGUUACAGGGCGUGUGUAUGUGCGGCAGCCAAAGAGGAAGCAGCUCUGGCUGUUUUGAUUAACAAAUUAAUGAUGUUUUCGGAGGAAGAUUUCUCAGUUGAGCUUGAUGUGACCGGAUAGUAACGAGCGAAGAGAUCAUGAGGCUUGAGCACCAUUGGAUUGUCCUGAUUUGGUCCAUUUGGACCGUCCAGUUCCUCACCACUGAGGCUGACGAUGACGAAUGCACACCAGAACUACAAGUUCGUCGCAACACGACUUAUAAAGCGAAUCUUGGAGAAGAACUCAGGAUUGAAUGUCCAGUUAUGUUCUGCAACAAUUUACCACCAACAAUCUGCUGGUAUAAAGUUGAGAAAGAAAAUAUUUGUCUCAAUGACAACAAUACCAAUCACAUCAAGACAGAAUGGAAAACAUCAAAUCUGUCAAAAGGGAUAUUCUACUUGUUGUUUCAAAGCAUCGUCAUCAGUGACUCAGGUGAAUAUCAAUGUAAAGGUGGAGGCACUAGGAGUCAUAUCAUCUACAUCAAUGUUUAUGAUAUGGGCACAAACGACACACAUAAACCAGUAACCAAUGACACAAACGACCAAUCCGAAACUGAACCAGCAGACAGAUUUUUGUUGUAUAUGUACUCUGCUGCUGGGAUUGGUUCCUUUGUCAUCAUAGUGAUUAUUAUUUCUGUGAUAUGCAUGCAAGGGUGUAAAGGGAAGUCAAGGAAAGAGAAACAAAAAGAAAAUCAGUACAUGGAGAUGCCCUUGGGUGAGCGAAUCAUCCCAAACGCCAUUGGGAUCCAGCACUCACCAAGAGGAAGCCCCAACCCGCUGCCACCUCGCAGGCCCAGCGGGAGAAAAACCACAGGACAACCUGCAGAGCCGACGCCAUCGAGAGACAACCAGCCGCCUCACGGCCAGAGGACACGAGACAGAAACAGGAAUGGGGCGCAGGCGGAGGAAGCAGGUUCUGUUGUGUAUGCUGCUCUCAACCAUGCACCCCCACAGAGGGAGGCUCCCCGGCCACAGUGGCAGAUAGAGGAGACAGAGUAUGCAGCUAUACGUUUGGUUUGAAGACUGAGAGUCUGCUGGAAUAAAUCACACUAGAGGAACGAAGUUUGAAUCUGGAUCUUCCUCUCCAGAGGAGCACAGGAGGGAUUCCUCACAGCAAGGAUUCUGGAAUCAGACAACUCAAAUCAUGACUUCCUUUACCUUUUGGAAACACUGCUCUUACAACAGAACAUGCUGACGAAUUUGCUCAAGCAUGAUUCGUCAUCGGCAUCACAAACUGGAUGUGUGGUUUCUACUGUUCUGUUUGGGAUGGAAAAUGUUCCAGCUGAAAUCAAGAACCUCAGCGUCACUGCAGGUGGUAGCCUACGGAGUGAAAAGCACGUUUCACAUCCUUCAUAUAAAACCAAACUGAAAUGAA